UCCGGUUCUGUGCCCCCAUCCUUUCUCCGGGCCCCUCCUACCUGCAGCCCUCGGGGCUCAGCGGGACUAACUGCCAAGCGGAGAACCCGGCCGCCGAGCCCCGCCCCCAGGCGCCGGGCUCUUCCCGAGGGCACUGAACUGGGCUCUUGACGGGCAUCAUCUUUUAAUCCUCAGAUCAUCCCAGGGAGCUCCACAGGGUCCCCUAUCCUGGGCCAUGAGUGAGCUGAAGGACUGCCCCUUGCAGUUCCAUGACUUCAAGUCUGUGGACCACCUGAAAGUCUGUCCCCGCUACACAGCAGUGUUGGCCCGCUCUGAGGAUGAUGGCAUCGGUAUUGAGGAGCUGGACACUCUGCAGCUGGAGCUUGAGACCUUGCUUUCCUCUGCCAGCCGACGCCUGCGGGUGCUCGAGGCUGAAACCCAGAUCCUCACCGACUGGCAGGAUAAGAAAGGUGACCGACGAUUCCUGAAGCUGGGUCGAGACCAUGAGCUUGGAGCUCCCCCCAAACAUGGGAAACCCAAGAAGCAGAAACUGGAAGGGAAGGCAGGACAUGGGCCGGGUCCUGGCCCUGGGCGACCCAAAUCCAAAAACCUUCAGCCCAAGAUCCAGGAAUAUGAAUUCACUGAUGACCCCAUCGACGUGCCACGUAUCCCCAAGAAUGACGCCCCCAACAGAUUCUGGGCUUCAGUGGAGCCCUACUGUGCCGACAUCACCAGUGAGGAGGUUCGCACACUGGAGGAGCUACUGAAACCCCCAGAAGAUGAGGCCGAACAUUACAAGAUCCCGCCCCUGGGGAAGCAUUACUCCCAACGCUGGGCACAGGAGGACCUGCUGGAGGAGCAGAAGGACGGGGCUCGGGCAGCAGCCAUGGCUGACAAGAAGAAAGGCCUCAUGGGGCCACUGACUGAACUAGACACUAAAGACGUGGAUGCCCUGCUGAAGAAAUCUGAGGCCCAGCAUGAGCAGCCAGAAGAUGGGUGCCCCUUUGGUGCCCUGACACAGCGCCUCCUGCAGGCCUUGGUGGAGGAAAAUAUUAUUUCCCCUAUGGAGGACUCUCCUAUUCCUGACGUGUCUGGGAAAGAAUCGGGGGCUGAUGGGGCAAGCACCUCUCCCCGAAAUCAGAACAAGCCCUUCAGUGUGCCACAUACCAAGUCCCUGGAGAGCCGCAUCAAGGAGGAGCUGAUUGCCCAGGGCCUCCUGGAGUCUGAGGACCGCCCCGCGGAGGACUCAGAGGAUGAGGUUCUUGCAGAGCUGCGCAAACGGCAGGCUGAGCUGAAGGCACUCAGUGCCCACAACCGCACCAAAAAACAUGACCUGCUAAGGCUGGCAAAAGAGGAGGUGAGCCGGCAGGAACUGAGACAGCGAGUCCGCAUGGCAGACAAUGAGGUCAUGGAUGCCUUCCGUAAGAUCAUGGCUGCCAGGCAGAAGAAGCGGACUCCCACGAAGAAGGAGAAGGAUCAGGCCUGGAAGACUCUGAAGGAGCGUGAAAGCAUCCUGAAGCUGCUAGAUGGGUAGCCAUCACCCCUGCCUCAGGCUGCCUCCCCGUGGCCUGGGCGAGGGGACACCCACUUCCUUCUUUGGGCUGCCAGAAGCCUCAGCCUGUGGCUGCCUGUCUGAUGUCAAAUGGCAACAGUCUCUAGAGGCUGGGGCCCUUUCCUGAGGUCUUUUGACCUAGCUCUGUCCAGCCAGGUCACAGGAACCCUCCUGGGCUAGCCUGGGGCCCAGUCUCUGCUUGGUCCCCAAGAUCUAGGGGCUUCAUUUCUGGGCCUUCCUCAUCCCCCUCUUCACCAUCCUCCACUCCCCCACCUUUCUUGCCCUCAAGGACUUCUCCCUUGUGGUUUUGUAAAAGUGCAAACUUAAGAAUAAAGUGACUGCUGUGGUUUUUUAAAAAGCA